AUGCAAAUGACGCAAGUCGAAAAGACGAGACCCAUUGCGCCAUCAUCUACUGAUGCAUCACUGCUGCUGGCAGACAAACGUUCGUUACCGCUUCCAUUGAAAUCGAGACAACGUCGGAUUCUUACUGUUGGUGAUGGCAACUUUUCGUAUUCAUUGGCAUUGCUCAAGCAGCACCAUGCGAGUCAAAGGAAUGACACACGAGUUGAAUUGGUGGCAACGUCCUACGACAGCCACGAUGAAUUGGUUACGAAAUACCCGGAAAGUAAACACAUUUGUGCUCAGUUGAAGAAACUUGGGGCGACAGUAUUGCAUCGAGUGGACGCUACGAAUAUUCGGGAGUCCCUCGUAGCGGCCGGUCACGCAAAGCCGAAGCUUCAGUUUGACACGGUCGUGUUCAAUCAUCCACACUGUGGAGAGGAGAAUGUUCGACGACAUCAGAGUUUGUUAUCGCACUUUUAUGCUUCGGCGAUGGACGUUCUGCAAGUUGUGGAGGUGGAGGAUGAGCAUAGUGGCAUUCAACUGACGCUUGCGGAAGGGCAGCCAGAACGAUGGCAAGCGGUACAUCGUGCACUCCAUAUUGGACUGGUGUUGUAUCGACAAGUUGAUGAUGUAGACAAUGAUGAGCAGUUUGGAGUCAGGUAUGAGCGCAAACGACAUCAGAACGGCAAGUCAUUUCAUCAGGUUACACUUUAUGGUAAGAAGACAAAGCAGGAUAGCACGUUGUUUAUCUUUCGACGACAGAAAAGUGGUACGGAUGCUGCUACAGCUACGAUGGUGGUCAAUGCAGUCGUGUCUGGUAUGACCUGCAAGAACAAAAUGACUACGUCUCGGAAGCGAAAGGCUGAGAAGGAGUUGCAGUUGGAGUUUGCGUGCACCCAAUGUGAGAGAAGUUUCAAGUCGGCGCAGGGUUUGAGGACGCACGUACACAUGAUGCAUGAACUCGAAGCUGGUGGUGUGUCCAUGACGACACUUUUGCUUUGCAAGUACUGUGACCGCACAUUCAAGAAGGAGGACGCGAGGAGACAGCAUCAACUAGCCAAACACGGCAAAGACCCCCUCAUCAAACCAGACUGGUUUGAACCGCAGCAAAGUAUCGCUUCAACAAUCAAGUCGUCAGGUGAAUCUUCUUUUUUCAAUGAGAAGGAUAGUGUAACCAUUGCAAAGACUACAGCUACAGCAACAGGAACGUUUGAAGCGAAGACGUGUUUGAUCUGUGAGCUUACGUUCACGACGAGAGCCGAGUUUGACGCACAUUGGCAAAAACUUCAGCCACGUAUUACAGUCAAGCGCAUUUGCUUCAAUUGCAGUCGUACAUUUGAUGAAGAACGUGCACUACGUCAGCAUCAAAACUUUUGCAACUAUAAAGAUAAUCCCAACCCAAUCAAAUAG